AUGUACUGCAGCAAUUGUUCUCGUCGGGGCCAUGCUUAUUAUGAAUGUCGCUUCCCACUGGAGUCGAGGCAUGAUGCUCACUACCCCUUCCCAAUCAGUUAUGAUGAUCCUGUCUCUGACUUCCACCACCUGGGUAUUGAGAUUCCUCGUGCGAUCAAUCAAGAACCCCUGCAUGGAAGAAAUGCAAAGUGUGUCCAAUCUGUAGUUAACAUUAAUUCAUGGGAGGUGGGCAAAGUCAUUGGUAGGGCAGGGACAACAAUAAGAAAAAUUGCUGCCUUGUCAGGAGCCCGUGUUUGGGUGAAACAGAAGGAUGGGAUAGCCAAGGUAAAUAUCUCUGGAAAAGCAGAUGCAGUGGAAGCAGCAGAGAAGGUCAUUACGGCCCUCUUGGGACACAAGAAAGGUGGAGAGGAACCAAGAUCAGACUUAGAGGAAUUGGAUGAUGAUGCCUUUUCACCUGUCACAUUCUCUGGGAACAACAGGAAGGGUGACCUCACAGUACCUGACAUAGCAGCCAGCCCAAUCCCUAGUGAAAGUGUAGCAGUGGGAGAAAUCGAGGACAAGGGUACCAAGAAAGCUGGUGGGAGGAAGAGAAAGCGGGAGGUUCAAGCUGAAGGUGAUGAUCGUAAUCAAGAUUUUCGAUUACUUGUGCAUAUCAAGGCAAACAGAGAAGAAUCAGAGCAUCAAUUCAAAGUCAAUGAUGGUGGUGAUGGAACUGUCCAAUUGCCAGAAAAUCCCAAGAAGAGGAAGGAAGAGUUUCUGAAUUUGGAUCUGGCAGAACAAGACAUAAACUAUGAUCUGCAACCACCAAAUCUUCACAGCCAGAAGAGGCAGAGAGAUUAUUCACCCAAUAUUCAAGUGCAGCCAGCAAAUGCUGGUAACAACACAAUAUUGCCAGCAUCUCAGUUGACAACCGACACUUUUCAGGCCAACAUAACAGACAGAGUGGGUCUGAUCAGAUCAAUUGCUAAAAAAUUAGGCAUAGGCUUGGAAACGUCCCAUGUGAAAAUGAUCGAAGAUGUGGUUGCUGCUCUCCCGAUGACUGCCAAGGCCUUAGCAGUGCAUAUUCAAGGCCAUCUUGAGUCAUUGAAGCAACCCGUCUCAUGGAAUUGGCUACGCAUUCGGAAGUAUGCCGCAAAGCCAAAGUUAACCCAGCUGAAAUGCAUAUCCAAGCGAGAAAAUGUGAUUGCGUUGAUCAAUCGCACCACCUUUGGCAUGAUGGAUUUUUGUAAAGUACGUUCAGCAUUGGAGAAAUGCCAUAAACUUCUGGUUAAAACAAAAGGUGCAGCUCCAGAUGAUGUACGGGUGAAUGUUGCCGUGCUUCAAGGACUCAUCUUCAGUAAUUUUGCCUCUGAUUUCAUCCCUCGUCGGCUCCGCAAGAUGGAUCCAUCUUUGCAGCUGCUGCCAUGCUGCAAUCCUUGUGAGGAAUUUUAUAUUCAGAAUCAAACAAACUUCAGCGACAACUUUUUCAGGAAGUACCGUCAAAAUAUGACCAAGGCCAAGAUUCAUGGGUCCAAAGUCAUGGCUGCACUCGAUGCCGAUCGGGAUCCAUUCAAAGUGGAAUACGUGAGCCGCAUGGAGGAGAUUCGAGACCGCAUGAUCUCUCUUGGACUUCACCUCCAAUCCCAAUUCAUCCCCUACACUGACUGGGAAAGUGACAUGAAGUUGGUCAAUUGGGUCACUCUCGGGCUCUUGGACAUGGAUGGAGAUGUGUUUGUUCUCAAACGUUCGCUUCGUUCAAAGGCGAAGAAGAAGAAGAAGAACAGCUGCAACCAGAGGGUAAUCAGAACCAUGGGUAUCGUCCUAGGACGCAUCUCAAAUCAUGAAUACACUAUUGAAGCGUAUAAUAGAGUCUGUGCAUACCUCUGUGAGGUGGCUGAAGCCCAGAAUGUGAACUCCAUCCAGUGUCAAGUGCCUCAAAGUAAACCAGAUACAUCCAGGAUGCAUGCCAAGUCAUUGACCCAAAAAGGCGCAGCGGCAGAGGGCAAUGAUUCAAAAUAUGAGAAGAAACAUUCUGGAGACUUUCCACGUGGUGUGGUGAAGAAAAUAUCAAGAGAUUGUACAUUCAUCACCGGCAAUGAAAACGCUUCUGGCAGUACAACGAAAUCUGAUGGGCAGCCUUUGCCUAAGAAGUUGAAGACCAUCAAAGAUCCUUGGUUUACGCUCCACCGGAAGAUUGCUGCCCCCAUUUACAAGGUGCACCAUGCUUCAACUGGGUCUGCACUUGCACUGGAAAUCAGAGUCUUUCUUCAGCUCCUUGAGUCAGGAAUGAAUCUAAAUGAUUUAUCUCGCUUGCUGGCCAUUGAUCGUCGGUUGGCCAGCCUUUUGCCUCGUCGUGAGGCUAUGUCUAAACUGGUGAAAGCCGACAAGACAUUGCAGAGCGACAUUGCCUUGAUCAACAGGAUAUCGUAUGGCGUGUUGGAUCUUCAAGGUGAUCGAAGCCAACUGGACCGCUUGCAGAAGAAACUUGAUGAGGUUGAAGGUCCAAUUAGAUCUGAUGACCUGGUCCAGUUCACCAUUAGCAUGGCUCGCAUCAGUGAUGGCCGGCACUAUGAGGACCUUUCUGAGCGGCUGAAUCACUGCAUAAAUGUCAUCAGGAGCACAGUCAUCCCCGAGAAGUUUGCUACUGAUGGGAGCUUACGGCUGAACCUCCCAGACCUCUUGACUUGCUCUCCCAACGAGUAUCUCGAGUAUGCAACAGUAUCCGAGAAGACAUUCUGGUCUCAGCAUAUAAGCUCCAAAGGCGCUUGGGCCAAGAUUAGCGAGUUCUUUCAGCUCGGUUACAUCAUCCUCACGAAGCAACAGAAGACGUGCCUUGGAGUCAUCCUCAAAGGCAAGAGAUUGAACCUACAGGGGCGUAUCUGGGCCGGAGCUGCUUUGUGUUCUAUCAUCGGAAAGGACAGAUUCAUCGAGUUCAAAAACUUUGUCAACGGAAAGGGCCAGGAGGCACGCGUGAAAGGUCGCAAACGGUAA